AACAAAAUCCCGAGACCCGACCGAUACGCGCUACCGCUGCCGAGGUUUUGCGAGGGUUCUCUCCCCCGCCGAGAGACCCCGAAAGAGGAGCUCCGAGAGAAAAAAAAUGGCGAUGUGGAGGGCCAAAUCCCUUCAUUUCUCCCUCCGAGCUGCCCUCGCCUCCCUUCCCGUCCGCGAAGACCUCCUCUCUCCUCCCCUCCUCCUCCUCCGCCGCUACCGCGCCGGCCGCCUCCACCGCGACGAUUUCCCCUCCUCCAGGUACGAGCAGCUGGCGACCCCGACGAACUGGGGCGUCCGCAUCGUGCCGGAGAAGAAGGCCUACGUCGUGGAGCGGUUCGGAAAGUAUCUGAAGACCCUCGAUUCGGGCAUUCAUCUCCUCGUCCCCUUCGUCGACAGGAUCGCCUACGUCCACUCCCUCAAGGAGGAGGCGAUCCCCAUCCCCGACCAGUCCGCGAUUACCAAGGACAACGUCAGCAUCCUCAUCGAUGGCGUGCUUUAUGUCAAGAUUGUGGAUCCAUUCCUUGCUUCUUAUGGUGUGGAGAAUCCAAUAUUUGCAGUGAUUCAGCUGGCACAGACAACGAUGAGAAGUGAGCUGGGAAAGAUCACUUUGGAUAAGACAUUUGAGGAGAGGGACACACUCAAUGAGAAUAUUGUGAGAGCAAUUAAUGAGGCUGCUUCCAGUUGGGGUCUUAAGUGUCUGCGAUAUGAAAUAAGGGAUAUAUCUCCUCCACCGGGAGUGAAGGCAGCUAUGGAGAUGCAAGCUGAAGCAGAAAGAAGAAAACGUGCUCAAAUUCUUGAGUCUGAAGGAGAAAGACAAGCACACAUCAACAUUGCUGAUGGAAGGAAAAGUUCUGUGAUAUUGGCAUCAGAAGCUGCAAUGAUGGAUCAGGUGAAUAGGGCUAAAGGAGAAGCUGAAGCUAUCCUUGCUAGAUCACGGGCAACUGCAGAGGGACUUAAGGUGUUAUCAGAGGCCAUGAAAGCAGAGGGAGGUGCUCAGGCGGCAAGUCUAAAAAUUGCUGAACAAUACAUUAAAGCAUUUGGCCGCAUAGCCAAGGAGGGAACUACUCUGUUGCUCCCUAGCACUGCCGAUAAUCCUUCUGCCAUGGUAGCUCAGGCUCUGACAAUAUACAAAAGACUCAGUGGUGAUAGUUCUAAUGCUUCCCCCGGGGAGAGGGCCCAAAUAGAAACCAAAGAUGGGAGUCAAACUGAUAGCCUUACGGGACCAGAUUGGAUGGAAGGUCCCUCUUCAGGUACAACAGGUGUCCCUAAUACUACCGCCGAUUCAAGUGAAAGAGUGUUUUCUCUCCAAAGCCCACCAAAGGAUUGAAUUAAUUGUUGGUUUGCCUCCAAUUUAUAAGAACAACGUUCGGCUGCUCGAUUUUGCAAGCACGUGAUAUGAGGCUUGUUAAUUUGUAAUUCCACUGUCUUGAGAAGUCCUCGAAGGUAUUUCUACAUUUUUGAUACAUUCUAGUGAUGAAGAAGGUUAAGAAAUUGCUUUGGAGGUCUUACCUUUGUGCAACAGAUCCGAGCAGUUGAUAUUCAGACAGUACUAGAAUUAGCGAAUUCAUAUAAGGAAGGAAGAGAAAGAAUUAUAUCCUCUGGAAUCCAUGACAUCUUGUCUGUCUUAGUCCAGCCUAUUCCACCAAAUUCUUGGCUUUUCAAGUGGAACCCCAACUGGUGGGGAAUAAAAUUUGUAAUUUUACAUCAUUAUUUCCUGCCUUCUUCAUUUAAGCUGCGUGGAGUUUGUCAAAAUUGUAAGCUCACGGAUUUGUUUUGAAAGUUUUUGCUAAUAAAUACCUUUAUUGCAGGCGUUAAGUUC